AAGGCAGGCCAUGGAGGAAAAGGACCAGCCGUGGAAGGACAGCAUGCUCUACAGCAUGCUCAUGCGGGCGAAGCAACCGCACGCGUUUCAGGAGGCGCCUGAGGCGCCCAAGACGCGGCAGGAGGGCCGGCGCUGGGGCUGCUCUUGCGGCGCGCAGUCCCCGGUGGGCGGAGAGGGGCUGCCGAAUGGGCGGGCAGUGGCGCACAUGUGCCGCUGCUGCUUUUGCGGUGAAGACCACCCGCAGCAGGGCAGCAUCCUCUACAGCAUGCUCACCAGCGCAAAGCAAAUGCAUGAGGCUUCGCCUGCGCCUGAGGCGCAGCUGGGGAGCUCGUGCUGGGGCUGCUCGUGCGGCUCGCAGCCCCCGAUGGGCAGAGAGGGAGUGCAGGGCGGGCAGGCCAUGCCGCUCAAGUACCGCUGCUGCUUUUGCGGUAAAGAGCACCCGCGACAGGGCAGCAUCCUCUACAGCUUGCUCACCAGCGCAAAGCAAACGCACGUGGCUCAGGAAGAGCCCGAGGCGCGGCUGCGGGGCGCGUCGAGGGAUCGCUCCUACUGCACCCAGAGGCUGGGGGGCAGAGUGGAGCUGCCGGGCGAGAGGGAAGUGGCGCUCCUGGAUCGCCGCUGCUUUUGCGGUGAAGACCACCCACAGCAGAACAGCAUCCUCUCCAACAUGCCUACCACCUCAGAGCAGACGUACGCGGCUCCAGAGGCGCCGCUGCCGGCUCCCUGGUGGAACACCCCGUGCAGCGCACAGCAGCGGGUGGCCCUCAAAAGUCCACAGGUGGUCUGCGAGGCAGCCUCGGCGGCCCUGCUGAAGACGCUUCGUUUCGCCAAGUACUUACCCUGCUUCCAGGUUUUGCCUCUGGAUCAGCAGCUGGUGCUUGUGCGCAACUGCUGGCUGCCGCUGCUCAUGCUGGAAAUGGCCCAGGACCGCUUGAACUUCGAGACGGUGGAGACCUCGGAGCCCAGACUGCUGCAGAGGAUCCACACCACCAGGCGGCUGGAGAGCGAGGGCGAUGAGCCGCCGCCUCUGCCGACGCUGCAGCCACAUUUGGUACUGCCGCCGAAGGCUGGGCUUUUGCCGUCGGCCACUGAAGUCCAAGCCAUCAAGGGCUUUCUUAACAAGUGCUGGAGCCUAAACAUCAGUACCAAGGAGUACGCCUACCUCAAGGGGAUCGUGCUCUUUAACCCGGGCUUGCCAGGCCUGCAGUGCGUCAGGUACAUUCAGGGACUUCAGUGGGGAACUCAGCAGAUACUCAGCGAACACAUCAGGAUGAAGCACAGGGGGUUCCAGGCCAGAAUCGCAGAGCUAAAUAGCACCCUUUUCCUGCUGAAAUUCAUCAAUACCGAUGUCAUUGUUGAAUUGUUCUUCAGGCGCAUAAUUGGCACAGUCAGCAUGGAUGAUAUAAUGCUGGAAAUGCUCUGCACAAACUUUUGACGGCAUGUGGGCCCCACAAGUGCAGUUCACCAAAAGGAAAGAUAAGGAACUGGAAGUGGAAUAGUGGAAAAAUG